AUGGAAACCAUGACCGACGACUUCUAUCCGUUGGCGUUGCUAAUGGACGAAUUGAAGCACGACGACGUGUCUAACCGUAUCGAGGCCAUGCAAAAACUCGACGCAAUUGCUAUCGCUUUGGGCCCCGAACGUACCCUACACGAGCUUCUUCCCUUCUUGAACGACGUGGCCCAGGAUGACGAGGAGGAAGUGUUUGCCGUGAUGGCCGACAAGCUUGGCAGCUUUGUACCCCUCGUUGGCGGCCACCAGAACUGUGAACCUUUGAUUCAGGUGUUGGCAGUGUUGGCAGCCAUGGAGGAGCCUAUUGUCAGGGACAACGCGGUGGAAUCGUUGAACAAGGUCAGUGAGGACUUGACCGACGACGAACUCGGGCUUAUCUUCUUGGAAUUGAUCCGGCUGUUGAGUCAAGGCGACUGGUUCUCCAAAAAAGUGGCGCUGUGUGGCUUGUACAAGUGUGUAAUUGUGAGGGUCAAUGCUGCUGUCAGAAGAGACUUGUUGAUGCUUUAUUACAAUUUGGUAUCGGAUGAGUCUCCUAUGGUUCGCAGAAGUGCUGCGCGCCAUUUGCCUACGUUGAUCGACAAGUUGACCAAAUUCCAAAGCGAGAAUCCUCCCGCAGCUCAUAAGGUGGACGACACUGACUUGGAGAUCAUCCUGAAGAUGUUCCACCACUUGAUAAACGACGCCCAGGACAGUGUCAAGUUGCUCAGCAUCGAUGUUUUGGUGCUGAUCUUGCGCUACUUCCGCUCCGUUGACGACUCGUCUCACAACCUGGACUGCUUGGUGUCUGCCUUAAAGUUAAUCAAGGACGAGAGCUGGAGAGUCAGAUAUGCAGCUGCGGACAAGUUUAGCGACAUUGCCGUCAAUUUCCUGGAUGCAGAUGCAGACUUAUACAGACUUAUCGAUCCGUUUAUCAACUUGAUGAAGGAUAACGAGGGUGAGGUCAGAAAGGCCAUUGCUAAGCAGUUGCCGGGCUUCUGCAAGUUGAUCUCCGACUUGAAGAUUGUCGAGACCCGCAUCAUCCCUGUGGUGAGCGAGUUGAGCCAGGACACCCACGAGAACGUUCGUGCCGCAUUGGCUUCCGCCGUCACUGGCUUGUCUCCCAUCUUGCCCAAACAGUCGACCAUAGAUAAGUUGUUGCCCAUUUUCCUCAAUAUGCUCAAAGACGACUAUCCAGACGUGCGUUUGAACAUAAUCUCGAACUUAUCCGUCGUUAACGAGACCAUUGGCAUCAGCUUGUUGUCGACCAGCUUGCUACCAGCCAUCACCGAGUUGGCCCAAGACAACAAAUGGCGCGUGCGUUUGGCCAUCAUCGAGUACAUUCCAAAGUUGGCCAGCCAAUUAGGCGAGCCCUUCUUCAACAAUGAAUUGUUGACUUUGUGCAUGUCGUGGUUGUGGGAUGCUGUCUAUGCGGUUCGUGAUGCAGCAGUCAACAACUUGAAGCAGUUGACCGAGAUCUUCGGCUCCGCUUGGGCCGAGGAGCAGAUUGUAUCGCGCUUGUUGAACAUUAAGGAUGAGAAGAUCAGCGAAGAGGACGAAACCAACGUGGAUCUGGUGGACUUCACCAACUUCAUCAUCAGAAUCACCUGUCUCUUCGCCGUGGCCAAGUUGAUCCCCGUUGUAGAUGGUUCUGUUAUCGUCAACAAGAUUCUUCCAUUCAUUGACCACCUAAUCGCUGAUCCUGUUCCUAAUAUUCGUUUCAACGUUGCGAAGGCGUACCUUAUUGCGGUGGAGGCGUUGCUGAAAAACCCUACUGCUGAGGUGGUGAAGUUGAUUGACGAAGACAUAUUAACCAACUUAAACAUCUUGCUGAACGAUUCGGAUGUCGAUGUGAGGUACUAUGCCAACAAGAGCAUCGAGGGCAUCAAUGAAUUGUCCAAGAAAUGA